AUGCAUAUCCAACUGCUAUAUCUCCUCCUCCUGUGCGCCGCCAGUGUCACCACACAUGCAAGCCCUACCCUGGUCGUUCUCGAUGACGGUCAUGACCUGAACCAAGUCCCGCCCUUCAAUGUCACCAAUUUCGAGGCAUCGGCCAUGGUCCUCAGUAACCGAAAUUUCUACAAAUUCGACGUAACCUUCUACCACGAAGCCGUCCCCAUUCACUGCGAAGCACUAGGCACAACCAUCAAUCACCAGUUAACCAGCAUUCCGCAGACGUUCUGUCCGACAGGUCCAAGCCCAGGUGACGGGAGCGGGAGCGGGUACGGAAAUGAUACCAACAACAAUCAGCAAAACAACAACAACACAACAGGACCAGGUGUCUCCUUCAAAUGGACCGAGCAACCGGACGGGAGCGGAGCAUUGUUGAUUGUGCGGCGGAUAAACGACAAGGUGACAGACACGGCCGUGUACAAAGUCACACCGGACUGUAUGCCGAUGAUGGGGGAUGAUAUGUUUCGGCAUCAGGUGUAUGAGGGGCCGGAGAACUUUUCGGUGCCGGCUUAUCGGAGUUCUGAGUCGGGGUGA